AUGAUUUCCACACGUUAUUUUUUUGUACAAAAAUUAACUUUUGCCAUCGUGGGCAUAGAUAUCAUGAGUAAAACACGGAAACAUCUAAUAAAAAAUCCUAUAAUUUUAUAUAGUUUAAUAGCAUUUUCCGGUUUUCAUUUAAUCCUUGUGAUCCAUUUUGCCUCUAUGCAUUUGACUGAUUUUGAAGAAUUAACAGAUUCGUUUCCACUCUUGUGUCAGCUAGUAUUGUGUUUAUGUAAAAUGAUGAUAUUCCUGCGGAAGGCUAAGGAAAUAUUGCCUUUGAUACAACAAAUCCAUAAGUUGAAUAUAAGGGGUAAGGGUGAAGAAUUGAAAAUUGUGGAACGUGAAAAUGCCAAGGAUAAUUUUCUCUGUUCCUUGUAUUUAAGAUUAGUUAUAACUUCUGGAAGUUCGGCUCUUUUACAUCCGAUUUUAAAUGCUAUUUAUAUAUAUUUGACACGACAAGAAGUUGUUUUACAACCACCAAAUAAGGCAACCUACUUUUGGAACAUCUCACUCUUAGCGGACUACUCACUGCUAUAUAUAUUGAAUAUUUUUACCGUUUACUAUGUAUGCGUAGUAUCUCUGGCGAUUGAUACGUUAUUCUCUUGGUUUGUCAGCAAUGUGGUGGCUCAAUUUCAUAUCAUAGGAUAUCGCUUUAAAAAGACGGCUCUCAUAUAUAACACAGAUCGAAAACAAAUUAUUAAAUCCAUUAUAAAAUAUCAUUGUCAAACCUUACAAUUAGCCGAGCACCUAAAUCGUGUCUAUAGCGAAAUGAUUUUCCUAAAAUUCACCAUUGUUUGUAUCGAAAUCUGUAGUUUAGUGUUUCGUGUUAGUCGUCCCAGCGAUUCAAUGGGUGAAGUGGCCUAUAAAUGUUUAUUUUUAGCGGCUGUGGCCUUACAAUUGAUAUUGUAUUGCUACAAUGGUCAGCGUGUAAGGGAUGAGAGCGCCCAUGUAGCGACUGUCAUCUAUUGUACAUUUGACUGGUCAAAUGUAUGUGCAAGUUAUAAGAAUUUACUUUUUGUCGCAUUGAUGCGUUCUCAAAAAUCGAUUAAUAUUAAGUGUGCCUUCUUUGAGGUGGAUUUAAGUUUGUAUUUAUGGGUUUUUAAAACCGCCUGGUCGUUGAUAGCGGCUUUGAAGACAUUGGAUGAAAAUCAAGAUUAA